CGUGGAGGAAAUAUUAUAAUGGCUAUUCCUAUUGCUGUAUGGUCUGAAGGCUACAAUGCGCGAAAGGCCCCUUAUGUCGCCGGAGUGUUAAUACUCAUCGCUUCCCAAAUCAUGUUCAUGGAGGCUCCUUCUUACUGGCUUACGUGUCUUGCGCAGUGUCUUCAGGGCGCGGGAGGCAAGGAUGGUUGUCGGUCCGGCGCUUGUGUGCGAUAGAAGCCCUUCCAAAGUCAUUGGCACACAACUUGGCAUCAUCCUGGCCGGUGCCAACAUUGGGUUCGCAUGUCC